GAUCAGAGGAAUGAAAAUCAUUUUAGGAGAAAAUUUUGGCAUCUUAUUUGGGGCUGGAAUUUAUUAAUUAUAUGAACCUGCCCUACACAAGAAGGAGUUCAUUUAAAGUUCAAGUAACAAUCUCUUUGUGGAUCCAUUUUAUGAGGAGAGGAAUGUCCGUCACUUUAAGAGAGAAACACAGUUUCUAUUUCUUCUGUCAUGUGGGGUUAAGAAAAUAAAGGAAAAAGAAGCAAGUUGUGAAAAUGGAUGAAUUAGUGCAGACCAACAUCACAGCUCAGACAGGAGGGAACGUCUGUGCUCCUGUGCUGCAUGUGAAUCAGGUUCACGCACCAGUGACACUGAACAUUACAUAUGGAUUGCAGGAAGUGUCCAGUUCCAGCACCAGCUUAGUUCAGACUGGAGGUGCUUCAGGGACUCCUGCUCAAAAUGAAGGAUGGAUUGAAAAAUCCAAAUUCCACAAAUACAAAUUGGAGAAGGAAUAUAAAGAAUUUCAUGAAGGAAUCUCACAGCAUGGAAGCUCAACCCUUCUGAAUGAGAUCUACACAGAGCUCUACAUCACAGAGGGAGGGAGUGGAGAGGUCAAUAAUGAACAUGAGGUCAGACAGAUUGAGACAGCAUCCAGGAGACCAGCAACACAGGAGACACCCAUCAAAUGCAACAACCUCUUUAAAGACAAAUCCAUCAGAAGAGUGCUCACCAAAGGAGUUGCUGGAAUUGGAAAAACAGUCUCUGUGCAGAAGUUCAUUCUGGAUUGGGCUGAAGGAAAAGCAAAUCAGGAUGUCUCCUUCAUAUUUCCAUUUCCUUUUAGAGAGCUGAAUUUGAUAAAGGAGAAAAAGUUCAGUCUGUUGGAUCUGCUUCAUGAUUUUUUCCCCAGUUCAAAACAGUUACAAUUCAUAGAUUCUGAUGCUUACAAAAUCAUGUUUAUUUUUGAUGGUCUGGAUGAGUGUCGACUUCCUCUAGAUUUCCAGAAUAAUGAGAGAUUGUGUGAUGUAACAGCAUCAACCUCAGUAGAUGUGCUGCUGACAAACCUCAUCAAGAAGAAUCUGCUUCCUUCUGCUCUCCUCUGGAUAACCUCUCGGCCAGCAGCAGCCACUCAGAUCCCUCCUGAUUGUGUUGACCUGGUAACAGAGGUACGAGGGUUCAGUGACCCUCAGAAAGAGGAGUACUUCAGGAAGAGAAUCAGUGAUCAGACCCUGGCCAACAGGAUCAUUGCACACAUGAAGUCAUCAAAAAGCCUCUACAUCAUGUGCCACAUUCCAGUCUUCUGUUGGAUAGCAGCCACUGUUCUAGAGAAAAUGUUUGGUGAAGCAGAGAGUGGAGAGAUCCCCAAGACUCUGACUCAAAUGUUCACACACUUCCUGAUCUUUCAGAUCAAACACAAGAACAGCAAGUACCAUGGAAAAACUGACACUGACUCUCACCAGACUAGAGAAAGAAUUCUGGUAUUGGGGAAACUAGCUUUUGAACAGCUGGAAAAGGGCAACCUGAUCUUCUAUGAGGAAGACCUAAAAGAGUGUGGCAUUGAUGUCAAAGAAGUGUCAGUGUACUCCGGAGUGUGUACACAAAUCUUCAGAGAAGAGUUUAGGCUGUAUCUGGGGAAGGUGUUCAGCUUUGUGCAUCUGAGUGUUCAGGAGUUUCUGGCUGCUUUAUAUGCAUUUCUCUCCUUCAUCUCUAACAUAAAUGUUUUGAAACAGCAAACCACUGGAUUCCUACAUGGGCUUAAAAGAUCAAAAACAAUGUCUGACUUCUUUAUCAAUGCAGUGGACCAGGCCUUACAGAGUGAGAAUGGACACCUGGACCUUUUCCUUCGCUUCCUUCUCGGUCUCUCACUGGAGUCCAAUCAGACUCUCUUACGAGGCCUACUGACACAGACAGGAAUCAGCUCUAACAGCAAGGAGAAAAUAGUUAAAUAUAUCAAGAAGAGGAUCAGGGAAAAUCCCUCGCCAGAGAAAUCCAUCAAUCUGUUCCAGUGUCUGAAUGAACUGAAUGAUCAUUCUCUAGUACAGGAAGUCCAAACAUACCUGAGCAGAGGAGGUAACCGUCGUCUCCAUGGAGCCAGGCUCUCUCCUGCUCAGUGGUCAGCUCUGGUGUUUGUCUUGCUGAACUCAGAAGAGGAGCUGGAGAUAGACUUGAAUAAAUAUGACCCAUCAGAGGAAUGUUUACUCAGACUGCUGCCAGUAGUCAAAACAUCCAGAAAAGCUGUGUGAGUAUUUUUAUUCAUAAACACACUACUGCACUGCGGUCAGUACAACAUAAACAAUGGACUUUACAAUGGUGUUAAUUUUACAGUAGUGUUUUUUGAACCCCUUUG